UUAUUUCACUAAACGACGCCGCUUUCAGCAAUUUAAGAAUCACUUGAUACAAGCAGAGCAGCAAUGCUGCUCUGGCUAAUAACAACCGCUCCCUCGUCCGGGAAUUUAAUGUUCAGUCAUGCUCAUCAUCUUAUAGAGAAUAUGGCGAAUGAAAAUUGUCCUCCAAAUACAAUUACAUCCAAUACAUUUAUCAAAGGUUUAUGUUGCAGUGGAAAGGUGGAGUGGGCAAUGAAAGUGCUCGAUCAAAUGGGGAAAUAUGGGUGUUCACCUAAUGCCACAAAAUAUAAUGAACUUUUGGAUGGUCUUUUCAAUGCAAACAGAAUACAAGAAGCUCUUCGGAUAGUUGGAGAGAUAGAAGAAAUGGAGAUCGAGUUGAAUUUAGUGACUUAUAAUACCAUUUUGUCUGGAUUUUGUCAUGCUGGAAUGCUAAAAGAUGCUUCGCAGCUUGUUGGGAAAAUGCUGGUUGGGGGAACCAAGCCUGAUGCCAUCACAUAUAACACGGUAAUUUAUGCAUACUGUGAGCAAGGCGAGGUAAAGACUGCCGUCCAGCUUGUAGAUAGAUUAACAGAGGAGGGAGGUAUCCAGACAUAUUUACAUGCACUAGUCUUUUGGGGGGUUCUGCAAUUGGAUUGGAGUAGAUGAAGCCAUUUUCUGUCUUGAUAAGAUGAUGAACGAAGGCAUAUGCCCCAAUCAUGCCACGUGGAAUGCAUUAGUCAGUGGCUUGUUUAACAAAUUGGGUUAUUUGGGGCCAAUUAACAUUGUGGAAUGUGGAUGAUAUUCUGGCUAAUGGACAAGUUCCUUGAGUUUGAAUGUUCCUGGAAAGUUCAAAUAAACAGAUAAAUAUGCCGUCCAGCAAUCAAUGAAAUGCAAUGGGUGCUCACGUUGACUGAAUAUGUGUGGGUCUCCUUGUUGGGCUCCCUUACUCGUCAUUGCACUCAUGAAAGAUUCUGUACUACUUGUUUGGCAAUAUAAUCGUUAUUAAACUGAUGCUUGUUGCCAUAGAUUGCAACACCUGAUGGAUCAUUCAUGUCAAUGCAGGUGUUGAACUUGAACCAUACUUCAGAUGCAGUUGAAGCAUCAAGGUCAAUAAUCAAGGCUUCUUCAUAUAUUAGAAUUGA